AAUAAAGCAGGGCUCUGAUCAUCCUUCCAUGGAUUUUUCCGAAAUGGCUUUUCUCUGUGCCUGGGGACGCGGCGGGAGCCGGCUGGAGAGGGGGGUCCCCCUUUUGCAGCGCUUAAUCUGAAGAAAGCCUGCGUCUCGAGGGUUUGAUGCUCCAGCUUCGGCCCCAGCAUGCUCGCGCCCAAGAUGACGGUGAGAUGUUACUCGAGGAGGGAUGAUGUGGCUGGAAAGCGGAUGAGACUCAAGUCGUCUUCCCCGGGGGGCUACGGAGGCGUCGGCGGUGGGAACAGCAAGAGCGGGGUCCUCCUGGACAUCUCCUCCUUGACCAUGAGCGACCUGGACUCGGAGGUGCUCCCCUUGCCGCCUCGCUACCGGUUUCGGGAUUUACUUUUGGGGGACCAGAGUUUCCAGAACGACGACAGGGUUCAGGUGGAGUUUUAUGUGAAUGAAAACACAUUUAAGGAACGGCUCAAGCUUUUUUUCAUCAAAAACCAAAGAUCAAGUCUGAGGAUACGUCUCUUCAACUUCUCCCUCAAGCUCCUUACUUGCCUGCUUUAUAUUGUCCGUGUUCUGCUCGACGACCCGGGACGGAUAGGAUGCUGGGAAUGUGAGAAACGCAAUUACUCAACCUUUAACCAGUCGUCAACAGAAAUCAACUGGGCUCCGAUCAUCUGGGUAGACCGAAAUAAGCCAUUAUGGGCAAUACAAGUCAGCGUAGCAAUUAUUAGCUUCUUGGAGACGAUGCUUCUGAUCUAUCUCAGCUACAAGGGAAACAUCUGGGAACAGAUUUUCCGCGUCUCCUUCAUCCUCGAAAUGAUCAACACUGUGCCCUUUAUUAUCACAAUCUUUUGGCCGCCACUACGAAACCUCUUCAUCCCUGUCUUCUUGAACUGCUGGCUGGCAAAAUACGCGUUGGAAAACAUGAUUAACGACCUCCACCGAGCAAUUCAAAGGACCCAAUCUGCCAUGUUCAACCAGGUUCUCAUCCUGAUCUGCACUCUCCUUUGCCUUGUUUUCACUGGAACGUGCGGUAUCCAGCAUUUGGAAAGAUCCGGAGAGAACCUCUCUCUCUUCAAGUCUUUUUAUUUCUGCAUCGUCACCUUCUCGACGGUGGGCUACGGGGACGUCACGCCGAAAAUCUGGCCGUCCCAGCUGCUGGUGGUGAUCAUGAUCUGCGUCGCCCUGGUUGUUCUGCCCUUACAGUUUGAGGAGCUCGUCUACCUGUGGAUGGAGCGCCAGAAGUCGGGCGGGAACUACAGCCGCCACCGGGCGCAGACGGAGAAGCACGUCGUCCUUUGCGUCAGCUCCCUCAAGAUCGACCUCCUCAUGGACUUCCUCAACGAGUUCUACGCGCACCCUAGGCUGCAGGAUUAUUACGUGGUGAUCCUGUGUCCAACCGAGAUGGAUAUUCAGGUCCGCCGGGUCCUACAGAUCCCAUUGUGGUCUCAGCGGGUGAUUUACCUCCAGGGGUCUGCCUUGAAAGACCAGGACCUCAUGAGAGCAAAAAUGGACAAUGGGGAAGCUUGUUUUAUCUUGAGCAGCCGGAAUGAGGUGGAUCGCACAGCCGCGGAUCAUCAAACCAUCUUGAGGGCUUGGGCGGUGAAAGAUUUUGCUCCAAAUUGUCCCCUCUAUGUUCAGAUUUUGAAGCCGGAGAAUAAGUUUCACGUAAAAUUUGCUGAUCACGUGGUCUGUGAAGAAGAAUGCAAGUAUGCCAUGCUGGCUCUCAACUGUGUCUGCCCGGCAACCUCAACCCUCAUUACUCUUCUCGUUCACACUUCCAGAGGGCAAGAGGGUCAGGAAUCGCCGGAGCAGUGGCAGAGGAUGUACGGACGCUGCUCGGGCAACGAGGUCUACCACAUCCGGAUGGGAGACAGCAAGUUCUUCAUGGAAUACGAAGGGAAAAGUUUCACCUAUGCCUCUUUCCACGCCCACAAAAAGUAUGGCGUCUGCUUGAUGGGGGUAAGGAGGGAAGAGAACAAGAGCAUCCUCUUGAACCCGGGGCCGCGUCACAUCAUGACCGCCUCGGACACUUGCUUCUACAUCAACAUCACCAAGGAGGAGAACUCGGCCUUCAUUUUCAAGCAGGAAGAGAAGCAAAAGAAGAAAGGAUUUGCGGGAAAGGGCAUCUAUGAUGGUCCGUCUCGACUGCCUGUUCACAGCAUCAUUGCCAGCAUGGGCACCGUAGCCAUGGACCUGCAGAACACGGAGUGCCGCCCUGCCAAAAACAGCAAGCUCACCUUGCCAGCGGAGAACGGCUCUGGGAAACGGAGGCCCAGCAUCGCCCCGGUCCUGGAGGUGGCCGACAGCUCCUCGCUCUUGCCGUGCGACAUGCUGAGCGACCAAUCGGAGGAUGAGAUGACUCCGUCGGACGAGGAAGGCCUCCCCGUGGUAGAGUAUGUUAAAGGUUACCCUCCCAACUCCCCGUACAUCGGCAGUUCUCCGACCCUGUGCCACCUUUUACCCGUGAAAGCGCCCUUCUGCUGUCUUCGCUUGGAUAAGGGCUGCAAACACAACAGCUACGAGGACGCCAAAGCUUACGGCUUUAAGAACAAGCUGAUCAUUGUUUCGGCCGAGACAGCCGGGAACGGCCUGUAUAACUUCAUAGUCCCUCUCCGUGCCUACUAUCGGUCAAAGAAAGAAUUAAACCCUAUCGUGUUAUUGCUGGACAACAAGCCCGACCACCACUUCCUCGAAGCCAUCUGCUGUUUCCCCAUGGUUUACUACAUGGAAGGGACCAUUGAUAACCUCGACAGUUUGCUGCAAUGUGGCAUCAUCUACGCUGACAAUUUGGUGGUGGUGGAUAAAGAGAGCACCAUGAGCGCCGAAGAGGAUUACAUGGCCGACGCCAAGACCAUUGUCAACGUCCAGACUAUGUUCAGGCUUUUCCCAAGCUUAAGCAUCAUCACGGAGCUGACGCACCCUUCCAACAUGAGGUUCAUGCAAUUCCGAGCGAAAGACAGUUAUUCGCUGGCUUUGUCCAAGUUAGAAAAGAAAGAGCGAGAGAACGGGUCCAACUUGGCCUUCAUGUUCCGCCUCCCGUUCGCUGCCGGAAGGGUUUUCAGCAUCAGUAUGUUGGACACCCUCCUGUACCAGUCUUUUGUGAAAGACUAUAUGAUCACCAUCACAAGGUUGCUGCUGGGACUUGACACCACCCCUGGCUCAGGGUACCUCUGUGCCAUGAAAAUCACAGAGGAUGAUCUGUGGAUCCGAUCCUACGGACGCCUUUUCCAGAAGCUGUGUUCCUCUAGCGCUGAGAUCCCCAUCGGCAUCUACAGAACCGAGUCGCACAUGUUCUCCACCACAGAUCCUCAUGACCUCAGAACCCAGUCACAGAUCUCCAUCAACGUCGAAGACUGCGAAGACGCCAAAGAAGGGAACGUCAAAACCAGCCAUCACCGGAACUCGUGCCCCGCCGACCCAUCGGAACACCCCUUGCUCCGGCGCAAGAGCAUGCAGUGGGCGCGCCGGCUGAGCCGGAAAGGGAACAACAAGCCCGCAGCCAAGACGGCAGAAUGGAUCAACCAGCAGAGAUUGAGCCUCUAUCGGCGUUCGGAGAGGCAAGAGUUGUCGGAGCUGGUGAAGAACCGCAUGAAGCAUCUGGGCUUGCCCACGACAGGGUACGAGGAUGUAGCAAAUUUAACAGCCUGCGAUGUCAUGAAUCGGGUAAACCUUGGAUAUUUGCAAGAUGAGAUGAACGACCACCAAAACACGCUGUCCUACGUCCUCAUUAACCCUCCUCCGGACACACGCCUGGAACUCAAUGACAUUGUGUAUUUGAUACGGCCCGACCCUUUGGCUCACGUGGAAAACGAGACGCACAGUCGAAAGAGCAGCUCCGGUAACAAACUGGACCCUUGUAGCCCAGAGACGAGAGACGAGACGCAGCUCUGAGCACCUCCUCCCUUCUGCAUGGAACGCCCAGGCCUACCACCCUUCUCGUUCAUGCAUGGAACUUUUACCGGAUUAGUGACCAAACGGCAGGGGAGGGUGGAGCACACGGGGGUUGCCCAAAGGCCACCCUUCCGUCGGGGUCUUGACUUGAAGUCCCUUUUGGGGCGUGGAGAAAAGCCACAUGCCCUGCGCACUUCCGCGUCUCCUUGAAAAGGUUUCCAAGCGAAGCUUGGCGGAACUUGAAAUUAAAGGAAACGUGGAGCGGCCUGAAGACUGGAUGAUAUGAGACAGGUCUUGGUUUUCAUCCUUCUAGUUGAGUUCUGUUGUGCUUCGUUUUUGUUCCGAAGGGCUGGGUGAGCGGGGCGAAAUUUGUACCGCCGCUAGUGAAAAAAGAUCUUCGUUAUCCUAAAGUGCAGGUAGCACCCGCACGAGACCGUGCCACAUGGAAAAAUCUCAUUCAUACCAUCCGGAAAGAGAACUGAAGUGUUCAAUAAAACAGGACAAGAAGAAGAUUGGAAAUGACCACCGUUGUGAUGAUGAUUCAUGGUUUGUUAGCUCUCCGAAUCACCACUCAAUCCAACUUGAUGUGGACGGGGCAGUGAGAGAGUUUGAGUCUCCGUCGUCUCCUUUCUAAGGCUAUCUAGAACCGUGGUUCCGGAUCUUGGGUCCCAGAUGUUCUCGGACAACAACGCCCAGAAAUCCAGACCAG